AUGGACCAGACAGCCAUCCCCUCUGCUGCAGCGCCAAGAGAAGACCAGGGGCACGUAGAGUCGUUAGUCGCCCCCUCGAAACCAACCCGGAAGAAUUCAUCUUUUGAAAGAGAAGGAUGGUGGAGAGAAACAUUAACAAAUACUCCUAUCCCUGGCACUUACCACUUGAGAACUUUCAUUGAAGAAUCCCAAUUAAAUCCAGUGAAAAUAACCUACAAUUUUAAAAAUGAAGGCAGGAAAAAGCCACCUCUUGUGCAAAGAAACGAUCUAGUCCUAAAUGAUCUUCCACAGUACAAGCCACCUGACAUCCUGGACGUGUUAAACAAACAGAUGGCCACAUACUCAUUCAAAGACCAGCCCCGGCCAAGCCCCAGCAUGCUAGUGGACAGAGAUAAGACACUUCAGCUUUCCCCAGGGCAAUACGACAUACUUCCUAUGCCAGUCCCCAAGCACAUGGCCAGGAGCUUCGUAUUUCGCUCAGCAGUUGAAAGGUUUCCACCCAACUACUUCACUCCUCAUGAAGGCCCCGGACCAGGUCAGUAUAACUUGAAAACGCCGCCACCAAACCCCAUUACUUCUUGUUUCCGAUCCAGGGUCCCCAGAUUCUUGCCGAACAGUUCAAAAACACCCGGCCCAGGAGCCUAUACAUCCGCAAGGCAGUUCCCUAAGCAGUCCCCAACCAUAGCCAGAAUGGGCCGAGAACACAGCCUGUUCUUCAACAACACGAUUGGCUUUUAA